UUGUAGACAGUCAGUCGUCUGUGUACUGUGGUAUGCGAUCGCGCAUAUGUGUAAAUAUAAUUAGUUUCACGUGCUACUAUUAUACUUGUCGUUGCAAUUGAUUUAUAAAAUCAAUUUGAAAUGUCUUCUCAGCAGAAAAAACACACGCAAUUCGCGACUCUUCAGCCAAAGGCACCCGAAUAUUCCUUGAACGUGGAACGCAUUGAGUUCCAAACUGGAGUGUAUGCAUUUUUAUUACGAAACAUACAAAAUGUUACGGUACAACAAUCGGUGCAUGAACGUAUUAUCAUGCGGCAAAAUUUAUUGUCACAAUUAAAGGCAUUAGCAGUUAAUAAAGAACUGCAUUCCUCACAGAAAAGGUCAAAACUCCAGCAACUAUUGACAACAAUUCAAGAUUCUGGAUUAUUUCUAGAGAUACAAGGUUUCAGCUGGUUUUUGAUGCAAGCAAUUUUUAAAAACGAGAGCGACGAAGUUAUUAAAUUUCUCAUAAGAUGUGGUUGUAAAGUUUUCGUCGACAUGCAAGGUACGUCGGCCCUUCACUUAGCGGCCUUCAGAAAGAGAAUAACAAUAGUCGAUGAACUCUUGCCCUUGGUGAAGACUAAUUUUUCCGAUCAACACGGCUUGUCGGUCUUUCACCUAGCUUGCCUAUCCCGAAACGUUUAUCAGAUGCAAAGAUUCAUAGAUAGCGGUGCCGACGUCAACCGCCGAUGCCAGAUGCCCGAAUCAAUCCAUUCGAGGUUUCAUUUUUGGAGCGAGGAUUUCCAUGCCGAUUUCAAAGAUCUCGAAUUGUGCGGCAAGAGUGGCUUGACGCCUUUGCACCUUUGUAUGUCGAGAUUUUUUGAAAAACACCAGUGCCAGGACUGCCAGUGCGAAAGAUACAAAUCAGAGGCCGCGGCGGUGCGACUGCUCCUGCUCAACGGAGCCGAUCCGAACGCGAAAAACAGCAGCGGCGAGACCCCCCUGCAGAUCGCCGUGGCCCGCUAUCAGUACGACGUGGUCAAGGAGCUGCUGGACUUCAAGGCAGACCUCAACAUGCUGGUGGUUGACCAGCCGCAAACCUUCAACCACUGCAGGCACUGCUCCUUGAAGUCCAUACUCAACUUCUUCGAGAUACUUCAGCUGUUCGAAAGCAAGGGAAUGCUUCUGAGCCCGAUGAAAAAGUUGCAGCAUUUCAAAAAUUUUAUCCGUCCACAUUUGUAUCUUCAUAACCUGGUCCACGGCUGGAGUUUCUCGAAAAACUGGGACACCGAGUUUCACGAUGACACGGCCAAGGCUUAUUACAAAAUGUUUGUAAACUUUGACGAGCAGGUAAAAAAGGCGUUUAAACUCAUGAGCCAAACCAAGAUCAAAAAUCAACAAACGCUUUGCGAUAUCUACAAAUCUAACCCAGACGAAGUAUACCCGAUUGUGGUAAAUUCCAACUAUUGGUCGGUAGUGAAUUCGAGAGACUUUGACAAUGAUUAUUUUCUCUACUCACGAAUCUUAGUUGACAUAAUUGCUAAAAGUUUUGUUAGAAGAUAUUGCGAGAUUUUGGCCAACGAAUUUUUACCCUCAUUAGUUGAACUGUCAGAUGCUUCUAUUGAAUAUUCAAAUAUAGAUGGUCUAAUUUAUUUGUGUGAUACCGCUGCUGAUGCUCAUCCUAAUUUAUUCAACUCGACAAUAAUAUAAUUGCACAAAAACUAUAGCAUUGUCAGUCCUUGCGUAAUUUUAAUUAGAAAGUUAGCUUAAAAAGCUUUUUUGACUAUUUCUUUAAUUGCAUAAUUAUUAAAGUCAUUGAUGUAUCAACGAUUUCAUCGUUACCAACCAGAUUUUGUGUAAUUAUCUCAAAUGCGAUUGGCAUUGUACAUUUUAUGCGUGUGACAUUAGUACUCAUUUGAAUCGAUUGUUUAAGCAAGUUGGUUCGACAUUUUAUGUGAGUAAUCAAAUUUUUUAAAUAUAUGGUCUAUAUUAUUA